GUAAUGCUAGCAAUUUAACUUUUCAUUUUGAUAGUCUCAACACUCUUUGGAUUGUGCUUUUAAUCCUAAAAAUGCUCGAAUCUAAUAUAUGAUUGCGUUAAAUUGUUUAUUUUUAGCAGUCUUUUGAUAGACAACUAUUUCAUACUCAUAGGUUUAUUUCUAUUUAUUUGGUUAAGAGAAUUAAUAAAAAAGUUUGAUCCUGAAAAAAAAUUAGAACUACCUAAUAAAUAAUAGCAAUUAUAAUAAAAUAACAUGCAAAACUCAAAAGCAAAGUUAUCAUCUUUAUCUGUAGAAGUUAUAGAAUCAUCUGUUGAAGCUGUUUAAAUAUAUGAUUAUGUAACAGGGGAAAGUUAAUAUGCAAUCUUAUAGAGAGCUGAUAAGAGUUAAAUUGCUUAAUUAGGAAUAACUUUAAAGAAUACAGUCUUAUUAGAGAAAGGAAGAGUGCCUGAUUCUAAUUAAACAUCUAAAUUAAUAUCUUAAAUUGAUAACUAGAAAAAAGGCAAUGGUCCUUAAUAAAUCUCAAUUAAAUAUGAAGAUAAUAGUGAAUAUUUAAGAAAUUAAAACAAAGUUCAAAAAUCAAUUCCAUUUAAAAUUGGUGAUUUUGACCAAUAAAUGGGUGAAAUUAUUUAAGCAGAAAUCAUGUCCAAUGAUUAGUUGGAGAAUUAAACGAGUGGAUAUUUAUCUUAAGAAAAAUAUCUCAUUCAAUAAUAAAUUGUUUUUGAAUAUAUUCUCUUAGUCAUUUUAUAUGGUACAUAAAGUUUUAUAUAUUAGCUGGUGCAAUAUCUUAAGUUAAAAACAUAUAUCUAUAAAUAUUCGAUUCAAUAUUAUUUGGAGUAAUAAUACAUAGUGGAGUUUAAAGAUAGCAACUUUUUAAUUUAACUCAUUUGUUGAUAAAUUUAAGCAUAAUUUUAGGAUGCUGUUCAAUUUAUAUUUUAGGAAUUUACUUCAAAUUUUAAAUCUUUAUUAUCGGGGGAUUAGUGUUAUCAUUUUAGAAAGUCAAUGCUAAUUUAUCAAUGAUAAUAAUUCCAUUGACUACUUUGAUGAAAAUUUUUAUAAUCUGA